AGCAACUACAAAUAUCCUCAGCCCAACCAUCCAGUAACCCACCUUAACUGGGCCUGCACACCUUGAUCUCUUCAUACUUCUCACUUUCCCACAACUUCAGGCCUACAUCCUCCAUCUUCUUCAAACAAACAAACAAAAAAACAAAAAAACAAAAAAAAUGUAAAACUCAGUCACAGCAGAAAAUACAGUAGUAUAAAUAUCAAAUUACUUCUCAAUUCAAAUUUCAGUAUAAAAAAACUCACUCAAACAAAAAUGGAGGGAAAACGUUCAACUCCCAAACCCAGCGAUUUGCUUCAGAAAAUUCGAGAUUUUACUUGCACGAUUCUCGUAGAUCUUUGCAAUGGUAAAUCUCCGGUGGUUUUGAUCAAUAAAUUCAGAACUUAUUGCACGAAUUCUGCUGAAAAUUGUUUCUGCAACUCCAGCUUGCCUGUAGGAACAGAGGCACUUACCCUGCUAAGGCAACCACAUGCUCAUAGGAUAGAUGUUCUGCUAAGGGUGUUGCUAAUUGUCCAGCAGCUUCUACAAGAAAACAAACAUGCAUCAAAACGCGAUAUAUAUUAUACAUAUCCAUCCUUAUUUUCAGAUCAGUCUGUUGUAGAUCGGGCCAUAAAUGAUAUAUGUAUAAUCCUGGAGUGUAGUCGCCACAAUUUAAAUGUAGUGUCUGUUGCUAAAGGGUUAGUGAUGGGCUGGAUAAGGUUUUCUGACGAGGGAAAGAAAUCUGAUUGUAUAGCUAGUCCUAACACUGCUCAUCCCAUUCCUGUCCAAGUUGAAGAAGUUAAAAAUAUCCUUAGUUUUGCUGAAUACAUCUUAGUUGUUGAGAAGGAGUCAGUUUUCCAGCGACUGGCAAAUGAUCAAUUUUGCAGCUUCAACCGAUGCAUUGUUAUUACUGGACGAGGAUACCCAGAUGUUCCUACAAGAAGAUUCUUGCGCCUCCUUACCGAGAAGUUGUACAUACCUAUAUAUUGCUUGGUGGAUUCUGAUCCAUAUGGGUUUGACAUCUUGGCCACUUAUCGAUUUGGCUCUCUGGAAAUGGCAUACGAUGCACAGUUUCUGCGCGUACCAGAUAUCCGCUGGCUUGGUGCUUUUAUAUCCGACUCUGAGAAGUAUGCACUUCCUUCACAAUGUCUCCUUCCCUUGACAACUGAAGAUAAGAAGAGAAUUGAAGCACUGCUACAUAGAUGUUAUCUGCAGCAUGAUGAUCCACAUUGGAGACUAGAGCUAGAGAGGAUGCAAGAAAAAGGUGUGAAGUUUGAGAUUGAAGCAUUGUCUGUCCACUCACUUUCCUUUUUGUCAAAGGAGUACUUGCCUUCAAAAAUCCAAGGUAUAUCGGAAAUGGACCGUUUGAUGGAUUGUUGACGUACUAUUCUUCCUUGUCUCCAUUUCUGUUGCAAACAGGCAUGCAAGAUGAGACAUUAGUCUCGAUCAAAUUUAAUUCACUUCACCAUUGUCGCGGGGAACCAAAUUACUAAUAACGUAAAGCUACAGAAGAUGGUGAAAGUGAAAGCAAUUGAGGACUUAACCAGACAACUACAAAGAUGAGAUGGAUUCUUCAGCCACCUGUGCUAUACGAAGGGCUUAAAACACCUGGGAUGUAUGUGAAUUGACGAAACUACCCUUUGGUUAUUAUGAAAUGUGGAGGCUAUUGAAGGCUUCUAUAAAACACCCAAAAGUACAUCUUUCGUGGAUCAUUGUGAUGUAAGAUUUGUAUGUCAUAUGAUGUUGGUCAUUUUGUUAUUUACACAAUUUUUCAUCUAUAGAUUAGAUAUCAUUACACUUUCUGGUAAGAGUUACCUUCAUGUUUACCGCCCUUAGCGUCUAGUUGCUUUCUGGGUACAUUAUUGAAGUUAGGCAUUUAUAUUGGACCAAAAAUUAUGAGACAAGGAGGUGCUUCAUUCUGGGUUGAAAUAUUAAUUGUGCUCACUUUCUCUGUAAUUUUGCUUCUCAUCAUGUCACCUUACUAGGCUUUGCCAACAUCCUGAAGUUGGGGUAUUUUAGCUGCCUUUCAGGAAAAGGGACGUGUUAAUUGCAAUUUUUGAUGAAUUAGUGUAACGUUGUUCUUACUUUACUUUGAAAUUUAGGAGCUAAAAUCCAAAUACACAUUUUAAGCACUAAUUCUGAUAGUUUUGUCAUACUUACAUAAGAAGAUGACAACUUUAUUCCUCAAUAAAAUUUGUGGGAUCUUUUUUUGCAAACAAUGUCAAUAAUGUUACCAAUAAUUGCUUAACUUUCUAGGUAGAAUAGUUUUUGCCUUAUGGUAUGCUAGGAAGUUUUGGAUUUUGGUCUAACAUACUAGUUCAUGUUGCUUAUUAUCUUGUCACCUUCUGCAAUCAGUUACCAACUAUGAUGACCUAUCCAUUGAUUAUUAAGCAGGACUUUCAUAGUCUGAUCAAUAGUUCAAUUCUUAUUUUCUACUCAUCCCUAUGAUUAUAUGAGGAGUGGUCGUUGGCCCAACGAAGGCAGUAAUCUGAAGCAUGCUUGAAUCUUGAUAGUUGAAAGGCUAAGAUAGAGGUGGCUAUGGGGUGAGCUAUGACGGGUUGAUCGAACUAGAUACACCAGCAUAGCCAAUUACCGAUUUGGGUGAUCAUGUUAUUUUUUUAAAAAAAAUUGGCUUAAAAUAUAUGGGUGAACCAGAUUAGGUUAGAUUGGACUAGGGGAAUAUACUAGGGGAUCAAGAGCUUGACCAACGGCGCACUAGCUGGGUGAACAAAUGUAGGUCGGUGUUGACCAGGCCUAAUCCUGAUCCUAGUCUAGAUUGUUAGAGACAUAUGGAUUCGAGUCGAAGUGAGUGUUAUUAUAUAUGCAGUUGGUUUGAUUCAGUCACUACUAUAGGAUUUUAAGGAAGAAGUGAUCUUUUCUUUAUUCUGCUUACUGAUGGUUCUUUUGUUUUUUUUUUUAGUAAGUUUACCCAUAUGUCUCUAGCAUAAUUGACCCGACUAUUAUAACAAGGGUUUUUGUCAAAUUAUGCGUAUUUUUUUAGAUACAAGGGAUUGUGAUAAAUUGACGACUACUUUCAACGAAAAUGGUGUAUUUUAAGAAUAACGUGUUGAAUUUCAAUACUCGGAGAUAUCUGAGGAAAUCUAGAUAGCAAGUAGCGAGCUAAUAAGUUUGUUUUAGACUGGGCAUUUGUAAGCAUAACCUCAUAGGAAUGACGUUUGCUAAUUGCUAUAGUUGGUCUCUUUUUUAUGAACCCCUGGUAGCAACCGGCCAACUUUGUGCUGCAGUGCAAUCCUUAGUAACAGUGUAUAGUUAGCUUAGCUAUGUAGCUUGACUAUAACAACUCCUUUGUUGUAAUUGUAUUAACUUAUUAUGGUUACUAGUUAGAUUAUUAUGAUGCAUUAAACAUCUUGGAAUUAUGCACUUCUAACUUCAACUUGUAAUUAGGCAUCAGUGCUCGUUCUAAUUGUACAGCACAACAAAUUGACAACUCCUAAUAAAAUUCCCCACUAGUUUGGCUGUGAUGUGCAUGCUUAGUAUUGACUCACAGUCAAAGGG